CCAUGAUUGGCGGGAAACUGCAUUCAUGCAGACCGAUUGAUUCGUGAAUCAGCCACUGAUCUGGAAGAAUUUGUGAUUUGCCGCUGAUUCCGGCUCUUAAUCAAGCUAGAUCCUCAGCCAUGGGAGACAAGGUGCUGGUGCUGGGCAGUGGCGGGAGGGAACACGUCCUGGCGUGGAAGAUCACCCAGUCACAGCACGUCGGACAGGUGCUGGUCGCCCCUGGCAACGCCGGCACAACAGGUGGUAAAAUUAGCAACACAGAUGUGCCCAAAGCCUUUGCCGACCUUGCCCAGUGGUGUCUGGAUAACAAGAUAGACAUGGUUGUGGUAGGUCCAGAGGCCCCGCUUGCUGACGGAGUGGCCGACACACUAGCUGCCAAGGGUGUGCCGUGUUUCGGACCCACUGCUAAAGCUGCUCAGAUAGAAGCUAGCAAGGCCUUCUCCAAAGACUUCAUGGAUCGACACAACAUCCCCACAGCAAGAUGGCAGCAGUUCACAGAUGCCAAGUCUGCGUGUGACUUCAUCAACAGUGCUGACUUCCCUGCCCUGGUGGUGAAAGCGAGCGGCCUGGCAGCAGGGAAGGGUGUGAUUGUGGCUGGGAGCAAGGCUGAUGCCUGUUCUGCAGUCAAGGAUAUACUUGAGGACCACCAGUUCGGUGCAGCAGGAGAUGUUGUUGUAGUAGAAGAGCUUCUGGUGGGACAGGAGUGUUCUUGCCUUGCGUUCAGCGACGGUAAGACGAUCGCCUGCAUGCCUCCAGCCCAGGACCACAAGAGGCUGCUGGAGAACGAUGAGGGCCCCAACACGGGGGGCAUGGGGGCCUACUGCCCCACCCCGCAGGUGGAUGAAGCUACACUUAAGAAAAUCCAGACAGACAUUCUACAGAAGACUAUAGAUGGGAUGAACAAGGAUGGUACUCCCUACAUAGGUGUUUUGUAUGCAGGUAUCAUGCUGACAAAAGACGGCCCCAAGGUUCUGGAGUUCAACUGUCGGUUUGGAGACCCGGAGGCCCAGGUCCUCCUGCCGCUGCUGAAGAGUGACCUGUACGCCACCAUCAUGGAGUGUGUGAACGGAGACCUGCAGUCCGCCAUGCCGCAGUUCCACACCGACAGGGCUGCCGUUGCCAUAGUGAUGGCCAGCGGAGGUUACCCGGGGUCAUACAAGAAGGGGAUGGAAAUAACAGGUAUUGACAAAUGGGAGAACAGCAAAGACAAGAUUGUCUUCCAUGCUGGCACUACGCUGAAAGACGGGAAAGUCGUCACGUCUGGAGGGCGCGUCCUCGCUGUUACAGCCAUCGCAUCUUCGCUGUCAUUGGCCCUCGCCGAGGCAAAGAAGGGAGCAGAGGUGGUGACCUUCCCCGAGGCCGUGUACAGGAGGGACAUCGGGAAGAGGGCUAUAGACUACCUAGAGAAUAAAAGACCUGGCCUGAGCUAUGCCCAGUGUGGUGUGGACAUAGAUGCAGGGAACCAGCUGGUCCAGGCCAUCAAGCCUCUGGCUGCUAGUACGGCCAGGCAGGGGUGCACGGCUGAGCUGGGAGGGUUCGGUGGGAUGUUUGAUGUGAAGGCUGCGGGGUACACAGACCCCAUCCUGGUGUCAGGGACUGACGGUGUGGGCACAAAACUCAAGAUUGCCCAGGCGUAUGGUAAGCAUGACACAGUAGGUGAGGAUCUGGUGGCCAUGUGUGUGAACGACAUCCUGGCUCACGGUGCCGAGGCUCUGUACUUCCUGGACUACUUCGCCUGCGGGAAGCUGGACGUGGGCGUGGCCAGGGACGUCGUCAAGGGCGUGGCACAGGGGUGUAAACUGGCUGGGUGUGCAUUGUUAGGAGGUGAGACAGCUGAGAUGCCUGGGAUGUACGCGGCCGGAGACUACGACCUGGCGGGUUUCGCGGUCGGCGCGGUGGAGAGGGGGACCCAGAUGCCUCGUGUUGAUGCCAUCAGGCCUGGUGAUGUCAUUGUGGGUGUGGCCUCCUCGGGUGUCCAUAGUAACGGGUUCAGCCUGGUGAGAAAGGUUAUUGAGGCUGCAGGUCUGACCUUCCAGUCUGCAGCACCCUUCAGCAGUCACCAGUCUGUAGGAGAAGCCCUUUUGACACCAACUAAAAUCUACGCCCAAACACUUCUCCCAGUCAUCCGGUCAGGAAACGUCCACGCCUUUGCCCACAUCACAGGCGGGGGGCUGGUGGAGAACAUUCCACGUGUGCUGCCGGACAACAUUGGCGUUAAACUGGACGCCACCCGCUGGACUAUACCACCGGUGUUCGGGUGGGUGUCGGGACAGGGAGGGGUGGUGGAGGCUGAGAUGGCCAAGACGUUUAACUGCGGCGUGGGAGCGGUGUUAGUGGUGGAGAGAGGGAAGGAGGAAACUGUUCUGGAGGACGUGAGGAAAGCGGGAGAGACGGCGUGGGUUAUAGGGACAUGUGUGGAGUCAACAACAGCACAAGACAGGGUAACGAUUGACAACCUGUCUGCAGCUCUGAGAGCUGUGCAACCAACUCUGAAGAGGACAACCCAGGACGGGACAACCAACAAGAAGAUGAAGCUAGUAAACGGGCAGGCACACAGGACUAAAGUGGGUGUGCUGAUAUCUGGGACAGGCACUAACCUACAGGCUCUAAUUGACCACUCCACUGACCCGAAGAACAACAGUGCAGCUGAGAUUGUACUGGUCAUCUCUAACAUACCAGGGGUCAAAGGUCUGGAGAGGGCAGAGAAGGCUGGUAUCCCCACUAAAGUCAUCAGCCAUAAGGGCUAUAAGAAGCGUGAGGAGUUUGACAGGAAGGUUCACGAGGCUCUGGUUGAGGCAGGAGUGGAGAUGAUCUGUCUGGCAGGGUUCAUGCGUAUCCUGUCAGGCUGGUUCGUGCAGCAGUGGACGGGAAACCUGCUGAACAUCCACCCGUCACUGCUGCCAUCCUUCAAGGGCAUGAACGCACACAAGCUGGCUCUGGAGGCUGGAGUCAGGGUGUCUGGGUGUACGGUUCAUUUUGUGGUGGAAGAGGUGGAUGCUGGAGCAAUCGUAGCCCAGGAGGCAGUCCCAGUGAAGACAGGGGACACAGUAGAGUCUCUGCAGGAGAGGGUGAAGACAGCGGAGCACAAGUGUUACCCACGAGCCAUGGAGCUGGUCGCACGCAGACUGGUGGGCAUCGACAGUCAAGGGAAACUGGUCCGCUCUGAUACAGACUAGUACUGAGUUAAAACUGGUUCGCUUUGAUACAGAAUAACACAAAGAGCUACAAUCAUCAACAGCUACAGUUACUCUCAACUCUUUGACUCAGCAGCUACAAAAUUGUAUUAGUAGAAUGGCAUUUCAGUCAGCAAUGGGAGUUUCUUUUUUCAUCCUCAACUGAUGAGGUGAAGGAUAAUGCUUUUUCAAGAAGCAGAUGUUAUCAUAUAUACAUGGAGCUGAGAGCAGUAUUGUUUUUUUUUUUUGGGGUU